CGCCAUGGGUAUCGAUCUUAAGGCUGGUGGGCGCGUGAGGAAGCCCGGUCGUCAGACCAUCAAGACUGAGAACCCCUACAUCCGCCUGCUCUGCAAGCUCUAUUCCUUCUUGGCUCGUCGUACGGAGUCUAGCUUCAAUGCUACUAUCUUGAAGCGUCUCCAGACCUCUAGAAGGAACCGUCCUACUCUCUCCCUCUCCAAGUUGGCUCGCCACAUGAAGGGCAAGGAGGACAAGAUCGCCGUUGUUGUUGGCACUAUCACCGACGACGCCCGUCUCUUCGAGGUCCCCCAGCUCACUGUCUGUGCUCUCCGUUUCUCUGAGACCGCUCGUGCCCGUAUCGUGAAGGCUGGUGGCUCUUGCAUGACCUUCGACCAGUUGGCUCUCAAGGCUCCUACUGGCUCUAACACCGUUCUCCUCCGUGGUGCCACCAAGUCCCGUACUUGCGAGCGCUACUUCGGCAAGGCCCCCGGUGUUCCCGACUCCGACACUAGGCCCCGCGUCCGCUCCAUUGGUCGCAAGCGCGAAAAGGCUCGUGGUCGCCGGAAGUCUCGUGGAUUCAAGGUAUAAACCGUCCCCGAUUUUGCUGGAGUUGAAGGAUGACGAGAAGACGAAUGGCAGGCUUGAUUGUUGGUUCUUUUGCGCAUUAACACUCACCCCAGUACCUUGUGGCC